CAUUUUAUAGCUGAACGAAGCUGAUUCUAUAUGACCACCCACAAUUUCAUCCCUGAAAAUCGAGUCUGGUAUCUAUGUCUCUCUCUUAUAGAUACUGCCCAUGAGACCACAAAGAGACUUAUGUAGAAGUAUUAUAACUUAGGUGUCAGCAGUAUACCUAUUGGAAGCUGACCGCUUCCCCUUUCUUCCUUUUGUUUCCCUCCAACCUCAUUCCUGAUCAAACCUGCCAUCUUUGAGCGGCUGCGCUUGACAGUCUUUUUGAUGAUCACCUCACCUUAGGCUGAAACUGUGGUUUUAGACUCAAUAUCACCAGUCCCUAUGCAACAUUCAAGCACGGAAAUGGAGUUGACAAUGCCUUGUUCGCAGGCGCAGGUCCACUCACAUAUUGAGUGUCAUGAAGCUGUGCAAAUGGAAGCUUUCCCCAUCAGCAACUUAGAUGCAUAUAACUGGAAAGAACUUGAGAACAGAUAUAACAAGGCCAUGGAGCAACACAAAGAAGCAGAAAAUGCCCUCCAGAACCAUAUCUUGAGAAUGCUAGAGAUUUUCAUGGCAUGGUCUCAAACCACUAUUACCCGCGACGAAACAAGAGCCUUCAAAAGAUUCAAGACCCAGAUGCAACAUGUUCAGAAUUCCGAAGCGAGCUUAGAGAAUAAGAAGCGGCAUUAUACCGAUGUUGUCAAGGCAUUUGAGAGUGCUCUCGCAUUGCUGGACGACCGUCUUUAGACAUGCACAUGGCCACAAAAUCGAGCCCGGUCGUUUGGAUCACACUCCUGUUCCUCCUUUGCUAAUUGCCCAGCAAUGGUG